GAGGUUUGAGGCUGCUGCGUGAUGUUUCUGAACUGCGCAUGCUCUUCAUUUCCCUUGCCUGAGGGAAGGGAAAGGCAGGAAGCAGCAGCUACAUUUUCAAGUUCUGCUGUUGGCUCUUUUCCAGCACGGUCCCAUCACGGCUGCGUGCAGGGACCAUGCUCAGAUGGUGCAGGCUGGUUCACGGGGUCCUGGGCGAGCCACUGCCUGGCGACGAGGAUCUCCGUGUUGCAGCUUGGGUUUGGAUGCAGAGAGCAGAUUGGUGGCUGGGCUGACAGUGGCGAUGCUCUUCCCCCUCUUCAUCACGCAAGCAGCCCAGGCACGACAGAAGCCAUCAUCGGAGGUGGUCGGGGCCGUUCAUGGGGUAGCAUAUCUCAGUCCAAGCCUGCAAAGCACCAUCUCCUACCAUGAAGUCCACUGGCGGCGCAAUGACACCUUGAACCUCGCCAUCCGGGACAGCAGCGGGAAGGUCUGGUACCGCAACAACAGCUACAGGGGACGCCUGGAGCUCUUCCCCAACAACACCCUGAAGAUCAGCCGCCUGCAGAAGAACGACAGCAGCAUGUACCAGCUGUACCUGGAGGAUGAGAUGGGCAAGGGGCUCAUUGAGAACGUCCUCCUGACGGUGUACGAGCUGGUCCCAAAGCCCACUGUGAAGGCCAAAGUGGUCAUGGGUAACCCGGAGCGGUGUGAAGCAACCCUGGAGUGCUCGGUGGGGCUUGAAGGGGUGACCUAUGAGUGGAUCUCCCCCUCCCAGUUCCAGUGGGACCGUGUGAGUGCUUCUGAGCUGCAUGUGUCCCUCAACACCUCGCCAGAUACCUACACCUGCAGGGUCAGCAACCCUGUGUCCUCCAACAACGCCUCGCUGAUCUACAGGCACCCCUGCUCCUGGACAGAUGAGUCCUCCAGUGCCACAUCCUGCACCACCACCAGCGUGCUGGUGGCCCUGGCACUCCAGCUCCUCCUCCUCCUCGCUCUGGCUUGAGGCUGCUCUGCGGUUGACAUCUCUCCUCGUCUCAUCACCCCCCGCUCCUGGAUGAAGGCCCCAGCCGGGCUGGAUGCAGAACGAUGCAAAGGAACCCUCACAACCAGUGUCUGUUACAGCAGCAGCCACCCAGUCUCCUCCACAUGGGCUUCCUGCAGCCCAAGCUCGCGGCGCUCUGCCGCUGCCUUCAGGGCAGCUCCGUGCCUCAGUUUCCCUCCUCACCUUUUCUCCUUUCCUCUACUUAGAGGUCCCGUCCUCCAGCCCUCAGCAGAACAGGGAUGGAGCCUCCUGCAAGGCUGUUCAAGAACCCUGGCACUCUCAUGGUUAACUGCUUGGAAACCCUCUUGUUGGCCCUGAGACCUGCAGGGAAACCCAACCUGAGCCUUUCCUGAGGCUCCCCAUGGAUGUGGGAGCUCCUUGACCAUCACCUGCUGCCAGCGACUGCCUUUACAGGGCUGAUGAGCAGUGUGACAGUGCACGACGUGUUGAACCUGCAACCAGUGACACCAGCAGGGUGCAACUGGGUGUUUCCCAGCGUGCAGGGCAGCAGCACCACAGCAUCUCGAGGGGGCAGAGCUGAGGUGGCCCAUUUGGCUGUCUCUGCAAGGCAGGGCUUGGUGGCACAGGUAUGGUCUCUACUUCCAGCAAUGUCUGUCCAUGUAUGCAUUGAAUUGGAACCUUAAACACCA